UUCUGGGCUCAGUUAGGAUUCAGUGGAAAUACCAUGUGGGUGUGAUGAACGUCAUGCAAAUAUUCUCUUUCUGCUGGGCUCUCUGUGGUGAACAGGAAUAUAAUGAAGUGCGAAGUGUAGCAGAACACUUUCCUUUUGAGCUCCAGAACACACAGGGCAAAGGACAUUCUGUCUUUACAUCUGGGGAAAGAAAAUGGAGAAUAAAACAAUUCUAGAAGAACUUCUUCUAAAGAAGUCACAACAGAAGAAAAAAAUAUCACCAGUUAAUUACAAGAAAAGGUUGUUCGUUCUGACAAAAGCAAGCCUUUCAUAUUACGAAUAUGACAAACAGAAAAGGGGAAGAAAAAAGGGGUCUAUUGAGAUUGAGAAAAUCCGAUGUGUCGAGACAGUGAAUCUUGAAGAAUUAACACCCGUUGCAAGACAAUAUCCUUUUCAGAUUGUGUACAAGGGUGGCCUACUCUAUGUCUACGCAGCUAAUGAAGAGAGACGGAAGCAGUGGCUUGCAGCUUUGCAUAAAGAAAUUAAAGACAAUGACGAUUUACUAAGCAAGUAUCAUAGAAGAUUCUUCACCAAUGGGAGGUUCCUCUGUUGCAACCAGACUUGUAAAGCAGCCCCUGGAUGUACAGUUUGGGAGAAAUAUGUGACACUAUGUUGCACAACCUGGUCUGUGAAACCACUGCCUCCAGUUCCUCAAACACUGUUGAGACGUAGAAGCCUGCCUCAGGAACUAUCGCCAAGCAAGUCCGCCCUGAAUAUGGCUGUGGCCCAAUGCAACUACGAACCCUUUGGAGAUUCAGCUAUCCGGCUUGUCAAAUGCAAUAAAUAUCAUGUAUUGCAAGAGGAAGAUUUUGCCUGGUGGAAAGUGAGAGAUUUGGAAGGGAAUGAAGGUUUUGUACCGAGCACUUACUUGAGAAAGUUAUCCCUGAAUGACGAUGAGCCAAGGGAAAACUCAAGUGUCAAUGAGCAGACAUCAUUAGAAGAGCAGAGUAUCGCUCAGCACGAUUGGUAUGCUGGUGGUAUCUCCCGUGCCCAGUCUGAGCAGCUGCUCCGUCAGAAGGGAAAAGAAGGUGCUUUUAUGGUGCGGAAAUCUUCUAGCCAGGCAGGAAUAUUUACUGUGUCUGUACUCAGCAAGUUUAAUGAAAGUAAAAAAGGAACAGUCAAACAUUACCAUGUGCACAAAACCCCUCAGGACAAGUAUUACCUUGCUGAAAAUUACUGUUUUGAAUCAAUUCCCAAACUUAUACACUAUCACCAGCACAACUCAGCAGGUAUGGUGACAAGGCUCCGGCAUGCAGUAUCUAUGCAAGUAAAUAAAGUCCCAGACACAGCCUCACUGGGAAAUGGAAUAUGGGAGCUGAAGCGAGAAGAAAUUGUCCUGUUGAGAGAGCUAGGAAGUGGUCAGUUUGGAGAGGUGCAUCUGGGAAAGUGGAAGGGACAAUAUGAUGUGGCCGUAAAGAUGGUUAAAGAGGGAGCAAUGUCAGAAGAUGAAUUCACAGAAGAAGCUCAGACCAUGAUGAAACUUAAUCAUCCCAAACUUGUUAGACUGUACGGUGUAUGCUCAAAACUGUAUCCCAUCUAUAUAGUGAUGGAAUAUAUGUCAAACGGCAGUUUGCUUAGCUACUUACAGAGUCAUGGGAAGGAGCUGCAACCCCUUCAGCUUCUGGAAAUAUGUUAUGACGUUUGUGAUGCUAUGGCGUUUCUGGAGAGCUGUCAGUUCAUACACAGAGACUUGGCUGCUAGAAACUGUUUGGUUGACAGCAAUCUUACUGUGAAAGUAUCUGACUUCGGGAUGACAAGGUAUGUUCUGGAUGAUCUGUAUGUGAGCUCACUAGGAACCAAGUUUCCAGUGAAGUGGUCAGCACCAGAAGUUUUUCAUUACACCAAAUUUAGCAGCAAGUCAGAUGUAUGGGCCUUUGGUAUCUUAAUGUGGGAGGUGUUCACUUUGGGAAAGCAGCCCUACGAGCUGUAUGAUAACAUGCAAGUGAUUGAGAAAGUUUCUCAGGGAUACAGACUUUAUAGACCACAACUGGUUUCAGACAUCACCUACCAGAUAAUGUACAACUGCUGGCAUGAGCUACCAGAAAAGCGUCCUGCCUUUUUUCAGCUUCUAUCAUUUUUUGAGGCACUGAGAGAAGACAGCAGGGCUUGAAAAAGAAGAUUCAUGCACUGAUGACUGUGCAUACUGGUUCCAUAUCACCUGUCUUCUGUGAGAGAAUUAAAUAUGAACUCUUCCUGACAUUAACCACCUCUAUUAUUCUGUAUAUUAGUCUUUUUCUGACUUAAUCAGGAAGCUGACCAAGAACUGUAUGGAAAAAGCUUUUAUGAUAUGCUGCAGGUGAUAGAAUCUGGAAGGAUGCUGAGGAAGAAUAUAAUUCAUUCUGUUAGCAUUGUCUCAAAGGACUUCACAGACACUGAGGCAUACAGCAACUGUGUAUACACCUUCCUUGCUUCCAAGAUGUCAUUGUUUGGCCUUAACUGGAAAUGUAAACAGGGGAAUUGAUGCUUCUUAGGUUUUCUGAUUAUCAUAACUCAUCUGAAUGUAUUUUUUUCUUUGUAAACCCUUGAAGCUGAUGCAUGAGGUCAAAUUUAGAACUGCUGCAAGUAACAGUAACAUAAGAAGUUAUAGACUCACUUUCAAUAACUUAGAAAUUUAUUGGUAAAAUAUUAUAUCAGUUUGUUUACUAGUAGUAUUGAUUUCAAUGUUGGCCCUCACGGUAUGUGUUUGAUUUGGAAUUUAUUCUAAACUACGUAUCUAAGAUAUUUGCAGCUUAGCUACACAUGAGGAGUUUUUUGGAGUGUUAUUGCUUCCUGCUGCACAUAGAAAAUGGA